CUCGGCGCCUCUACAUUGGGGUUCACCCCGGUGGACGAGAAGGUAGCCUCCCUCCGCCUUCGGGUGGGGGGACGGGUCCUGACUGUUGUUUGCGCCUAUGUGCCAAACAGCAGUUCAGAGUACCCACCCUUUUUGGAGUCCUCGGAGGGGGGUGCUGGAGAGCGCUCCCGCUGGGGACUCCAUCGUUCUGCUGGGGGACUUCAAUGCUCACGUGGGCAAUGACAGUGAGACCUGGAAGGGCGUGACUGGGAGGAACGGGCCCCCCCCCCCCCCCCCGAUCCGGUGGGAACGUCUGGCAGAAUCUCCUGUCAGAAGGACUUUCAACUCCCACCUCCGACAGGACUUUGCUCAUGUUCCGGGGUUGGCGGGGGACAUCGAGUCCGAGUGGACCGCGUUCCGCGCCUCCAUUGCCGAGGCGGCCGACCGGAGCUGUGGCCGUUAAGGUGGUCGGUGCCUGUGGCGGCGGCAAUCCCCGAACCCGUCGGUGGACGCCAACGGUGAGAGAUGCCGUCGAGCUGAAGAAGGAGUCCUAUCGGGCCUUUUUGGGCUGUGGGACUCCCGAGGCGGCCGAUGGGUACCGGCUGGCCAAGCCGAAUGCAGCUUUGGUGGUCACUGAAGCAAAAACUCAGGCAUGGGAGGAGUUCGGUGAGGCCAUGCAGAAAGACUUCCGGACGCCUUUGAGGAAAUUCCGGUCCACCGUUCCGGCGUCUCAGGAGGGGGAAGCAGUGCCCCGUCAACACUGUGUAUAGUGGGGAUGGGGCGCUGCUGACCUCGAAUCGGGACGUUAAUAGUCGGUGGGGAGAAUACUUCGAAGACGUCCUCAAUGCCACCGACACGCCCGGGAACGCCUCGGGAUCCCCCCCCCCCCCCGGAAGACAUGGAUGAAGUGGCUGGGGAAAGGGAAGUCUGGGCGUCCCUGCUAAAGCUACUGCCCCCGUGACCAGACCUCGGAUAAGGGGUAGAAGAUGGAUGGAUGGAUGGAGUUCCUUCUCACUGACCUUGUGCGUCUCAGUACGAUGCAGUACUGCAGUUGUACUGUAUAUCACUGCAAACUACAAAUAUGACACAACAUUGCCGGAUGUCUUGACAAGUAUGGAUGUGCAUGCGAUCCGUUUUCUUUUUCACCUAUUUACAAACGAGUAAAGGUAUGGAGUAUUACGACUCAAGUGGUCUGCGGCCCAGGCGAUCACAUGCAUUCGAGUGUGCUCCUCCGCCUCGGAUGACGGAACUAUUUUACUCUCAGCGGAUGGAUCCGUCAACCGACCUGGACGACGUACGCAACCUGGCGGAGGAAAAACAAAAACCCCAACAACGUCAAAAAUACGAAGCGAAUAUAGAAUGUCGGUCUCGGUAAGCCUGUUAGUAGAUGUGAAGGGCUUGUUGUUGUUGUUGUUGUUGUUGUUUUGUAAUCGUGUGAGGAGAGGAGAGUUCCCAGGUGACGAUGCCGUCUGCAUCAGCGCAUCACCUGUUGGGGCGUGUUUCCCUCCAUCCAAAACAAAAACAAAAUCAGGCGCAGUUAGAAGCGACAAUUACGCAGACGCGCGUGGCUUUCUUAUAUUCGCAGGUUUGGACGAAUGUGAUGGAAAGCGAAAAAGACGUUUUGAUGAGACGAGAAACACCGCGAAGUCGCAAGUCGGUGCGCGACCCCGCUGCGACACGAGAGCCGCGCGAAGCGCACCGCUCCGACGGCGAGCGACCGCCGAACACGCGCGUCGUUUGGCAACUUCAGCUCGACGACGCGGCGGCAGAUCCGCGCAUCUGCCGCCGCACGCGGAGGCGCGACGCCGCCGACGAUGACCUUUCGCUCCCCAGGUUUAAGGUCGCAGGACUUCGUGCCGCUCGGGCGAGGUCGACGACGAUGUGACGCGUGUUGUUUGCCUGCGUCCUUUCAGAUCGACGAGUUUUACGUCGGCCCUCUGCCUCCCAAAGAAGUGACGUUUUGCGGGUUGAACGACAACGUCGACGAGGCCUUCCUGACCGACGCGUGCAGGAAACACGGCCGCGCCGAACAAGUGGAGAUUUUCUACAACCCGAAGAACAACAAGCACUUAGGCGUGGCAAGAGUUGUUUUUGACACUGCCAGGGCCGCGAGGGACACCGUUCGCCACCUCGACCGAACGUCGGUGAUGGGCAACGUCAUCCGCGUGGAAAUUGACCCCAAAGGUGAAAACAGGCUUCGCUACCUGCAACUGCUCUGCAACGGUCUGUGCACGCCAUGGAGUCUACCGGUGGGAAGCGGUGACCGAAGUCUCCCGAACGCACUCGACAAUUUACCGAGCAAUCCGAGCCCCGGCAGCCUCUCGGCGUACUCCGGCGUCGGUCAGGAUACGCCUCGUAGCUACGGGCGAGUCGCCGAAGUCUCGGAGGUCAAGUUACUUUUAAAGGACCGCCGACCUCCAGCUUCCCUCCCGCCGUUUCGCCAGAGUGGCAGGCAGAAGCUUGCACAAUGGCGGCAGACUGAAAAUCACGCAAAACACUCCUUUGAACUCGUGUCACCUGGUCCAGAGUUUGGGAACGUGCUCCCGCCGACCUCAGACGCCUUCCCUCGAAACUCGUCGAGCAUCUUCGGCUUCGACUCGGCAGCCGACGAGCGGGCAGACGCGACCUUCCCUUCUGACGCCAGAGCAGACUUACCUCAGCCACCGGUCAACGUUGUCCCCAGAGGCUCCCGACCAAAGGCAGAGACUUUAGACGCCCGCAUACAAGGUUUGCUGACAAACAGCCGACGUUGCGACACUUUCCUUGGAAGCGCUACGAAGGUCCCACAGGAGGAGGAAACCUCCCGAGCUCUUUUGUUUCUCACAUCCCGUAGAGAUGUCGAGUGUCCUCCCGCGUUUGAUUUCACCAAGACUGAAGGACGCCGAGAUGGAGACAGUAAGACAGCUGCAGAACGGUCCCGGGCGCCAUGUCCGGAGGGGCUUCACUUCUCAAAUGUGGACGAAGGAAACCCCGAAGCGUCGUCGCCAUCUUUUCCUCAGCCUCCCCGCAGCGCUGGACAGUCCGAACAUCCACGUGCCGCCACAUCUGCAGCUCGCCAGCCACCACUCAGCGCUUUGCGUUCCCCCGCUCCUUCGUUCGUCCCAAACGCCACCGUUCCCAUUCCACCUCCGGGCCGUCGCGGCGGCACCCCGAUUCCACCGCCUCCUCAUUUCCCGGUCCCUCGACCUCCUUUGACGCCGCGCUCUGUGCACACGUACCCCGCAUCCCUACAGCCUCCGGGCAGCCCAGCGAGACCUGGAAGUCUACCGCACCGGUCCGCUGCACCUUCUCCUUGCGUCGCCCCUUUAGCGCCAGCGCCGCGCAACCCAGACGAAGUCACACUUGAAAAAGUCUUCGAGGUGCUGAUGGGCGAACUGAAGACAAUUAUCAAGAGGGACAUCGCGCGGAGAACGAUUGAGGGAGUGGCGUUCAAGGCCUUUGAAGACUGGUGGGACGAUCAAGAGAAGAGAGCAAAGGUGCCAGUUUUGCCUCUGAUUGAUAAGAAAAACACAUGUGCAAAUCCUCGGAAUCACAUCAAUGGCCAGAGCGAGAAACCGCCACUGCCCUCCUUCAAGAUUAAGAAGAAAAGAGAUGACAAUCCUGCAGUAUUAGAAGUCGUGGAAAACAAAGGCCAUGACGCGAGCAAAGGGGGCGAUAUGUUGGAGACGACAUUUGGGAGGCGUAAACGCAGACACGCAAGACCGCUUGAGCUUGAUAGCGAUGACGAUGACGAUGAGGAGAGAAAUGAAGAAUCCAAGACGCAUCGAGCGGAGCAAACGGAGCAAGAGCAACAGGCUGGGCCCACAGACCAUCAAUGCGACGGAAACGAUCACGAUGGCAAUCGUCAGAAAAAAGAGAAGGAGACUGACAAACACGUCGAGGCCGAAGACGCGUGUCCUGUUCCUGAAGCAUAUUCGGAGUGGAGAUCCUCGGACGACCGCUCGUCCCACGCAGACUCCUCUGCCUCUUUUUCUUCAGAGAGCUACAAUGACCCCUCGUACUCUGACUUCAGCUCUGAAGAUGACGACGACGAUGAUGAUGAUGAUUUGGAAGAUGAUGUGAAGGAUGGCGAAGGUCGGGAGUUUAUCGUACUAUCAUCAGAUGAGGAGUUCACGGAGCUUGAGCCCCCUGCGACGCCCUCAGCCCCCCUCGCCCCCGGCGCUCGGCUGGAUCUGGUCCUCCGCGACUUGUCAGAGCCGCGUAAUAGUGAGAAAGCAGACGAGGACCGCCGAGAACACGUCAUGAUGGCGCUUCAUACCAUCAAGCCGCAGGAACCUGCGCCAUCGUCGCGUACCGGACUUCCAGCGGCUCUCGAACUUGAUGUGGAGAUGGAGAGCCGUGUUUUGCCCUCGGGGUCUCCAGAUUACACCUUGAGGCCUCUCACCCCCGCCGGCUGCUUGACUGACAGCGACCCGGAGCUUCUGAUCGCAAGCAAACCGACUUCUCCGGUUGCGAUGGAGGAGGUUGAACGACCUCAGACUCCGGGCAAGGGGAUAGCAUCUCAAUUAGGAAGUGAAGAAUCAGGAGAUGACAAUCUCAGCGAGUUCCAUCUGCCGUCAUCUUUGUUAUUCCCGGAAGCGCCCAAAACUCCAGGCAGCGAAGAAACAAGUGCACGGAGUCCUAACAGAGAUGUCGGCGUCUCAACAACUCCAGGACAUGAGCGCGUCACACCGGAGAACGCGAGGGUAACACGCUCACCUUUUACAAAGGCAUCGCCUCAUUCAUCGCUCCUCAGCAAUCCGUUUAGUAUAUUGGCACCAAAGACGCCCGGAAGAGAGAUCCGUCGAACGCAAAGAGCCUCAGUCCGCAGACCAAAGACUGAAACGGUGAACAGCUCACAAGCUCUUUUAUGUGGCGAAUCCCUCGGAAGGUCAUCUCCGUGUGACCUCUCUGAAACGGAAACAUCUGACGGCGGAGGAGUGGGAAGUUGGUCAGGCACGAGAGCGACACCUCUUGAAGGACCGGAGAACACGCCGCCUCUGCUCUACGAGGCAAGCGGGGGGCGAGCGACGAAAAUGAGGCGUAAAGGGUACGAGAGAAUAAAAAGGGGUCGGAGGAGGCGUCGCUUCCGUCGCGGUCGUCGUCCUCCCGAGUGGCGUCCGGUGCGGGAGGAGAGGAGGAUACUGCACAGUAUAUGGACGGACGGUCUGGAUGAAGAGGACGGGAGGCUGCUGCGGCGCGCUUACGAAAGGCUGCAAGAGCAGGACGACGGCUGCGGUUGGCUGAGCGACGCCCUCUGGAUGCCGCAUCCUCUGACUAAAGUCACAGAGAAGAACGAAGGACACCGAUCGUGGCAGCAGAACCACGUUACGGGCUCAGCUCGCAGCGAGGGCUUCUACAAAAUCAGCCGGCGGGAUAAAGUCGAGUACCUCAACCGAGCGAGAACCACCGAGCUUCCGUCGACAAGCGCUCGGGGACCUCUGACGCAGUCCACUGCACUUCGUGCGGGGUCAGACUUCAGGUCAGAACAGCGCCGUCUGCUGUCGUCUUUCAGCUGCGAUAGUGACCUGGUCAAGUUUAACCAACUCAAGUUCCGAAAGAAGAGGAUUUGUUUCAGCAGAAGCCGCAUCCACGAUUGGGGCCUGUUUGCCAUGGAGGCCAUAGCAACAAACGAGAUGGUGAUUGAGUAUGUUGGCCAAAUUAUCAGACAGAACAUUGCUGACAUGAGAGAGCGCAGAUAUGAGCAGGCGGGCAUCGGAAGCAGCUAUUUGUUCCGAGUGGAUCGGGACACCGUCGUCGAUGCCACAAAAUGCGGGAAUUUAUCCAGGUUCAUCAACCACAGCUGCGACCCGAACUGCUACGCAAAGAUAAUCACGGCGGAGUCUCAAAAGAAGAUCGUGAUUUACUCGCGGCAGCCGGUGGGCAUCCACGAAGAACUCACGUACGACUACAAGUUUCCAAUUGAGGACGCAAAGAUUCCUUGUUUGUGCGGCGCUGAAAGCUGUCGGGGCUCUUUGAACUGAUCCCUUCCCGAGACUCCUUUUUAGAUCUCCGAUAGGAGCGCACGUUGUCUUCGCUGCUGUAUAAACGGACACUGAAGAUGUGCCUUUUAAAUACCAAUUCAAGCAUUUGCAACAGCUCUGCUGACGGUUAAAAAUUUAACUUUCCUAACCGGCACGGAAGCUAUUGUGUGAAGUAUGAAAUGAUGAAGGAAGAGGACUCUUGGCUUUUGUUUAAUCAAUGUACAUCCAAGCUUCGUGGCAAAACAUUACAAAAGGCAUGCUAUGACAAGUUAUCUGGGCUUGUACAUCGCAGUAUGGAUAGUGUACGGCAGCCUUUUUGGAAAAUUUGAUGCGGUCCUCCAAAUAUCAACAUCUUAUUGUACAUUGAAUUAUCUUUUGGCCUUAUUAUGCAAAUGAUGACACACCUUUUUGGUGAUGAGAACUUCAAUUGGGUUUUCCUUGAGUUAAGCUUGACUGGGUCAUAUUCCAGGACCGUCGUUUCUCGUGUGUGUAACACGCACGCCCCAAAGUUGACUUCAAAAUUCUGGAAAGCCCUUUUACCUAUGUAUAAUUCAUUUUUACAAUGCAUGAUUUUGCUUCUACCCAUAUGAUCAAAAAACAUGAAGCGUUAGCUGUAUUUUGUCAAAGAAAUAUUCUGAAGUUAAGCACUUUAUUUGAACACGUAAUCCUUUUUUUAAAUGUACUUGCUCUUGUUUUGAAAUUCACAGCCCAACUUUUAUUGAGUAAAUGAGGAAACCCACAGUUGUGCUCAUAUGUUUGAUUACCCAGGCAGAAUUUGUAAGAUGUGUACAAUUCCUUAAAGAAAACAUGAAGGGCCAGGCAAAACACAUUUAAUUUUAUUUCAAUGGGAUUCAAAUUAAACGGUCAAGCGUUUCAGAAAAG